AACCCGGCGCGCCUCCUCUCUCUCUCUAGGCGAUUCGGCCUCCUAGAGGCGAUUCGCUUUUUCCGGCCGCCAUGGCCGGCGAUGGGCCGUCGGACACCCACCACUACCUUCCUGACGUCAAGGCGAUCCCAACCCACCAAAACAUCACCUUCGCCGCUGCCGGAAACUGCCAGAACCAGGGAGCCGCCGUCGCUCAGAUCGCGCACUCCAGUCCGGCCACCACGAGCAGCGCCCAGCCUCCACAACCAUCCACGAAGGUUCCUGACGUCCUUGCGAGUUCAACGCCACCGGAAUCACUGCAUUUGGACGUCGGAAACGUCAGAUCGCCGGCCAUACCCGAUCCGCCGUUCACAAUCGGGUCUCUCCAAUUUCCGGCCAUCUCCAGGGAGCCCACGGUUGCGCAGCCCUCUUCCAGCACUUCUGGGGUCCCUACGCACAUCCUUGACCCAUCAAUUGAAGGAAUUGAAGCUGGAUUGAAAAAGCCCCAAAUUUCUGAAACUAGGGUUUUUCCGAACACAAAAUCUACAAUUCGACGUGUUGAAGGACAAAUUGGGCAAAAAGAAUCUCAUAUUCGUGAUCCUCAUCAAAAAACGGUUCGAAUGACGUUGGCUCCGCCCAUUUUUGCUCCGGUGGAUUUUCCGGCGACGGCGCCGGCGACGGCGGCGGUGCAGACUGCCGGGAAAAUUCCAAAACGAUCAGCUCAGCCUCCUCUUUUCAAGAAACCAGUUCCAAGCCUUUCCCAAGUGCUUUCAGCUUCCAAGAGAAAUUCCCUUCCAACUUUUGUGACGGAGCCGCUUCCCGAUCGUGAGGUUACUGUUCAUCGAGGCAUGCCCGCAGUGAGGUUCAAUGAAGCUGAGGUCAGUGAUUUAGCUCUCAUUGACAAGUACAUUUUGGUUGGCAAAUUUUCUCACGGGCAACCUAAGUUGGAGGUAAUCAAAAACCAUUUUGCUACUAAUUAUGUGUUUCGUGGAUCUGUCUCCGUUGGUUGGCGUGAUUCAAAGCAUGUUUUUAUUAUGUGUUCCAACUCCCAUGAUUGCACAAACUUGUUACUUGAAGGCACAAUUUUUUUCCCUGGGGACUAUCCUAUGCGUUUGUUUAGAUGGACACCUGAUUUUGAUCCUGAGGUUGAGACAUCACUUGCACCGGCUUGGAUUCUUUUUUAUGAUCUCCCUCUACAUAUGUUCAAUUUUCAUGCAUUGUCCCUGAUUUGUAAGCCCCUGGGAAAAUUAUUGGGAGUUGAUAAAGUUACUUUGGCUCGGGAGAAACCUCAUGUAGCUCGUGUCUGCGUUGAGGUUGAUCUUCUUCAGCCCUUGCUUAAAGAGAUCUUUGUGGGUACUUCUGAAGUUGUGGGUAAUGAAGAUUGUGGCUUUGUUCAGUCAGUUGUGUAUGAAAGGGUUCCUUAUUAUUGUGAGUACUGCUGGAAGCAAGGCCAUUCUCUGGACAGGUGCAAAUUCAAAGUAAAAUCCGGCAAAGGUUCUCGACCUCCCACUUCGGAGGAAUUGCAAUUGCUAGAGACAUCUGACGAGCCUGAGGAGCCUGCUGACGAUCUUGAGUUUGAUGCCUCCGCCCUCCCCUUUGCUUCUACUGAUAUUGAUUUAGGGAGGAGGAGGGAGAAAACCCCUCGUACUCCUGCGGUCCGCACUCCCAUGAUCUGCACUUUGAACCGUUCGGCCAACACCAUUCCUUCGAAUAGGGAUUUUGAGCCCUAUCCUUCGUACUGUCAGGAUCCCGGUCCUUCGUACGAGGAUGUGCAUGAAGUCCGCUAUCAUUGUGAUGGUCGUAGGUACGGUGAGGAUUCCGACUUUUCUGACGAGGAGGAGGAUGACGUGAUCUGGGCUGAGGAGAAGGAAGACAUAAGAUACAAGUUUGAGCCCAAGUCCAAAGUUGGAUACUAUGGGAACAAUCUUCAGCCUUUUCAGCGGGACUUAGAGAAGGCUGGGUUGUCCCCGCCGCGGAACUACAGAAAGACGCGCUCGAGAUACCGUGAUUAUGAGGAGCGGUUCUUGGGCUGAUCCACUAUCCUGCUAUCUGGUUUUUUGGCUUUGACAGUCGGCUCUACUUCAUUCUAUAUUUUUUCUGCUGUCUUAGUCAUUAUUCAUUUAUUUUACUGCAUUUCUUUUCGGUGAGUUGGAGACUUGUUCCUUCCACCAAGACUCUUUUAUUUAUGCGAAUAAAACUGUUUUUCUUAA